CAAGAAAACCUUACAGAAAUAUGUCCUUAUAAGCAAAGAUAUUUCUUUUCUCACUAUGUGAAACAGCAGAUGGUACUAGAAGAUAUAGAAUCUUCUUUUGACAAAUCUCACAAGAAUUUAGAAGCAUGGGAAGUAGAGAAAUAAAAUCACCUCAAGAGGUGAUUGAAACAUCUGGGCUUGGUAGAUUGGAUGAACAUUCUGAAUCAUUUCAAAGGAAGAAGCUUGGGAUGUUUUUCAUCGAAUCGGAUGAUCGGAGGACGGCGUUCGGGCGUGGUUAUACCGGAGGAACGACUCCGGUUAAUAUCCGUGGCAAACCUAUUGCUGAUCUUUCAAAGACUGGUGGUUGGGUUGCAGCCUUCUUUAUUUUUGGGAAUGAAAUGGCAGAGAGAAUGGCUUAUUUUGGGCUUUCAGUGAACAUGGUAGCCUUUAUGUUCUAUGUAAUGCAUAUGCCAUUUACUACUUCAUCAGAUGCAGUUAACAAUUUCCUUGGCAUCUCACAAGCCUCCUCUGUUCUUGGCGGUUUCCUUGCCGAUGCAUAUCUCGGUCGAUAUUGGACGAUUGCGAUCUUUACUACCAUUUAUCUCGGGGGCUUAACAGGAAUAACUCUAUGUGCUACAAUUAGUACAUUUGUGCCAAAUCAAGAGAAAUGUGAUCAAUUAUCACUGCUUCUAGGCAAAUGUGAGCCAGCAAAAUCAUGGCAAAUGACUUACCUUUACACAGUCCUUUAUUUGACAGGGUUUGGGGCAGCAGGUAUAAGGCCAUGUGUCUCUUCAUUUGGGGCUGAUCAAUUUGAUGAAAAAAGCAAAGAUUACAAAUCUCAUUUGGAUCGCUUUUUCAACUUCUUUUACCUUUCUGUGACUGUUGGAGCCAUUAUAGCCUUCACUGCUGUUGUUUACAUACAAAUCAAACAUGGAUGGGGAGCUGCUUUUGGCUCUUUAGCUAUAGCAAUGGGCUUUUCGAACGUCGUCUUCUUUCUCGGUACUCCUUUGUAUCGGCACCGAUUGCCGGGUGGUAGCCCUCUCACAAGAGUUGCUCAAGUUCUUGUAGCAGCAUAUAGGAAGAGAAACAUCUCAUUUUCUAACAGCGAGUUUGUUGGCUUGUACGAGGUUCCCGGCAAGCAAUCCGCUAUCAAAGGUAGUGGAAAGAUCCUUCACACUGACGAUUUCAGAUGUUUGGACAAAGCAGCAUUGCAGCUAAAGGAAGAUGGAAGGAAUCCAAGUCCAUGGAGGCUUUGCACAGUGACACAAGUUGAGGAAGUGAAGAUUCUUUUGAAGCUAAUUCCAAUACCAGCUUGCACAAUAAUGCUCAAUUUAGUCUUAACAGAAUAUCUCACUCUUUCAGUUCAACAAGCAUACACAAUGAACACUCACAUAGGCCAUCUUAAGCUCCCUGUCACUUGCAUGCCAGUCUUCCCUGGCCUCAGCAUAUUCCUCAUACUUUCACUCUACUACUCAGUAUUCGUUCCGCUCUCUCGACGCAUAACAGGGCACCCGCAUGGCGCUUCUCAGCUCCAGAGGGUUGGCAUUGGUCUAGCAAUCUCAAUAAUGUCGGUCGCUUGGGGUGGGGCAUUCGAGAGAUAUAGAAGGAACUAUGCUAUAGAAAAUGGAUAUGAGGCAAGUUUUUUGACCCCUAUGCCUAAUUUGAGUGCCUACUGGCUGCUUAUUCAGUAUUGUCUGAUUGGCAUAGCAGAAGUGUUUUGCAUUGUUGGUUUGCUUGAGUUCUUAUAUGAGGAAGCCCCUGAUGCCAUGAAGAGUAUUGGAUCGGCAUACGCGGCUCUCGCGGGCGGUUUGGGUUGCUUCGCGGCAUCGUUGCUAAACAGUAUUAUAAAAUCCAUCACGGGGAAUCCGAAUGAAAGAAACCCAUCUUGGCUUUCGCAGAAUAUUAACACAGGACGAUUCGACUACUUCUACUGGCUUCUCACAGUCAUGAGUUUCAUCAAUUUCUGCAUUUUUUUGUACUCAGCUCAUAGGUACAAAUACAGGAAAGAUCAUGAGGUUGGAGAAGGAAUAAUGGAAAAUGGAAGGCAUGAUAAAAUGUGAGAUUCAUAUUCAUAAUUAGUUAGUAUUAGAGUUGAUUUUUAGAAAUGUAAAAAAGAAAUCAAAGCUACUUCUUCUAUAUAUAUAUAGGAGUAUUUGAUUUCAUAGUUGGUUAAAUCAUCAAAAUUAUUGACAGUA